AUGAUUUCGCAACAAAAUGUGUUAAUUCGAAUAUUUGAAGAAUUGGAUGAGGAAGAGCAGUGGCGAAUUGAGCACGCGAAACUGCACGAAAAGCAUCGAGGACAUGAACAAAUGCAUAUGGAAAUCUUUUUGAUACUGAUAGUAACAUUAGUUGUAGCACAAAUUGCAUUGGUACAGUGGAAGAAAAGGCACUUCAAAUCGUAUCAACUAUGCACACUUCUGGGCAUGUGGUUAAUUCCUGUAUUUAUAUGUGUCCAGAGAUAUUGGUGGAGAUUUUUGAUAACAUGGAUUGUGUACUCCAUAUUAUCAACAAUGGUUUGGUACAGGGCUACUCGUCCACAAAUAUCAGGCAAAACACCAAGAUUGGUUUAUAAAUGGUUCUUAUUUUUGCACAAACUAAGUUAUGUUCUCGGGAUAGCAGGAUAUAUUUUUAUUAUGUUCACAUUACUGGGUUUGAAUCAUAUAUUCGCCAUAAAAGCAAGGAUCUUAAUGGACGCUGGUUUGCUACUUUUGUUUUAUGGCUUAUAUUAUGGAGUAUUGGGUCGUGAUUUCGCUCAUAUAUGUACUGAUCGUAUAGCAUCUAAAAUUGGGUAUUACACAGAAGAAGGCUUACCCAGGAAAAUUCUUGAAGCAGAUGUCUGUGCAGUGUGUGGUAAUCAUCUUGAAAUAGACGAUACGGAAACCGACUAUGAAUCAACGUAUCGUUUGUCAUGUGGACAUUUGUUUCACGAAUUUUGCAUCCGCGGUUGGUGUGUUAUUGGUAAACAGCAGACAUGCCCGUAUUGCAAGGAGAAAGUCGAUCUUAAAAGGAUGUUUAAGCAUCCAACAAGAUUAGAAAUCCAGACAAAGCAGGCAGGACGUUCUUUCUUGAUAACCACUGAUUAUUGGUCAUCCCAGAUGUCGACAACAACAUUAAAGAAAUAUGGUUUGAUUUUAAAAAAGCCAUCUGAACUUCUGAAACCGGUCGUUAAGCCAGUUGCUGCAGCAUUUACAAGUGACGACGAUGAUGGAGUCGAGACUGCAUCAUCAAGCGAGAUCACUUCAUCGACAGUGCGUGCAAAAAUGCAAGCAAAACGUGAGCAUGAAAGAGCACUUGCGGAAGACCCAACAAUUUUUGAUUAUGAUAACGUAUACGAUGAAUUACAAGCAAAAAAAAAUCAAAAAGUUGCAGAAAUUAAAGCUGCAGAUAAGGAACGAAAGUCAAAGUACGCAGAGCAGAUUCUCGAAGCACACAAAAAGCGUUUACUUGCACAGCAAAGUCGAGAAGAGCGUAAACAACAGAAAGAACGUGAAGCAGAAGCUGGACAAUUUGAUGAUAAGGAGAAAUUCGUGACAAGUGCAUAUAAAAAACAGUUAACAGAAAUGGAAAAUUUCCGUUUACAAGAAGCAGUUGACAAUCGACUUGAUGGUUGGUUCAUUUUCAUUUUCUAGUUGACAGCAGUGGAAAAGCAAAAUAGUGGUGUGUGGAAAGGUGGCUUUUAUAGGACGCUGUUGGAUGAUAUUGCUGGAGAUAAUACAAUCAAAACUAAAGGAAACGACAUAAAGCAAGAGAUGAUAAGUCCCGUAAAUCUGCAACAGAUAAUCGUGGAUCCCGCCGAGCAUGCUAAAAAGCUUUCUUCUUUGCGGAAAGACAGCAACAGUGAUGACAGAUUUCUGGAAUUGUCCACUGAUAAGCCGACGAAGAAAUCGAUAUAUUCCGAUGAUUCAGACGAAGAGACAGAGUUGGACAGCGCAGUAUCAGUAGACCUGAAGCCUGGUUUAAAUAUUUUGAAACCGCAAGUCAAAAAACCAACAAAGGCGGAACAAAUUCGACGGCAUUUCACGCCAUCUCCAGAUCAUCUGGCAGCAAGCACCAGCAGCGAUAAGGAGUUGUCAAAGGGGCGGAAAAAACGAGUGGAGGGAUACGAACAUGGCAGAGAACACAGCAGUGGAAGACAGCGACAGGAAAAAAGCUCUAAAUUGCGCAGAGAAAAAAGUUCUGCAAGACAUCACGAUAAAUUUCGUGAACACCAUUCUUUGGAAAAAAAGGAUCAUAAGAAGUCUGAAGAAAAACAAAAAGUUGAAAAAGAGGAGAAUCAUAAACUGAGGGAAAAAACUGUGAAGGAGAAAACUAAAGAAGAAAGACUGCAAAUAAUCAAAACAAUAUUAGCUCAUCGGAAUGAUUCAAAGAAAAUUGAAGAAAUUCGACAAAGAUACCUCGAACGAAAAAAAGAAAAAGUUGUUCCUUUGCCAUUGUAA